GCAACACCCACUCCUUCCUAUAUUCUAUUCAUAACUCUCAUCAUUCAUCCAUCCACUUUCCGUAAUCUUUCAUUUUAGAUCUCUUACCCUCUUCUUCUUCCUCUCUGUCACCCUUUUGUUCCAUCCUUAUUUUUGUGUCUGUAUCAUCCUGAUCUUUUUUUUUUCUUUCUUGUAAAACGUUCCCAUCUCAAGUCGGUUGCGUUGCAGCUUUCCAUUUUCCCUCUUCUGACCAACACAAAGAUGUUCUGAACCGAAGAUAAUAAUCUGUUGUUGUCGUGUUCUGUUAUCUUAUGAGACCAUAGGUGGAGUGAAGAUGGAUGUGUGGCCACUGAAGGAAGGACAAGAUAAGGAAUGAAUGAUUACGAAGAGAUAUUAGCAUAACUUAUUGAGGAAAAGAAGAUAGAAAUUCGGUAUGCGAAGAAGUCCACUCGAGGCAUUGGUGAGGAGAGUAGAUGACAUGAUUUCUAGCCCCAUGAGCAGUAAAGAGAGAUCAAAAAGGACAUUGGACAAAUUAAAAGGGAUUUCAUGAUAAUCAUCGGUAGCUUCAUUAAUAUUCUUUCAAGGGUACAUACUUGAGGUAGGCAAGCACAUAUCCGGCGAUAAUGUUUGGAGGCAACAAUGGAAAUCGCUUGCUUCCUGUUUUCUUGGAUGAGACUCAAUUUCGGCAUCAAACUAAUGCAUCAAAUCAGCUACAGUUGUUUGGAAACUUACAAGCCGGAUGUAGUGUUGACCCAGUUAAUUAUUUCGGAAAUGAGCAUGUCAGCUCCAUGAUUCAGCCUAAUAAACGCAGCAAGGAAAUGGAUGAUAUGUCAAAACAAAGACUUCAGAUUUCCUUAAAUUACAAUGUCAAUCAAAAGGAUGCUGAUCGAUUAGCAAAUAUUCAAAAUCCCAACCCUGUGUCAACAGGAUUGAGACUUUCAUAUGACAAUGAUGAGCAUAACUCAUCUGUUACUUCUGCUAGUGGCAGCAUGACUGCCACACCGUCUAUCAUACUGUCUCUUGGUGAUAAUAUCAGAACUGAGCUUGAUAGGCAGCAAGAAGAGUUGGAUCAUUAUAUCAAACUUCAGAAGGAACAUUUGUCAAAGGGGGUGAGAGACAUGAAGCAAAAACACAUGACUGCUCUCCUUUCCUCCAUUGAGAAAGGUAUUAGUGCAAAGCUAAAGGAAAAAGAUGUGGAGAUAGAAAACAUGAACCGGAAAAACAGGGAGCUGGCAGAAAGAAUAAAGCAGGUGGCUAUUGAAGCACAGAGCUGGCAUUACAGAGCAAAGUAUAAUGAGUCAGUUGUGAAUGCAUUAAGGAACAACCUACAGCAGGCAAUUUCACAAGGUGCUGAACAAGGGAAGGAAGGGUUUGGAGAUAGUGAAGUUGAUGAUGAUGCCUCGUAUAUAGAUCCUAAUAACUUCCUAAACAUACAGGGUGCGCCUAUAAACUCUACUCACAAGAGAUACCAAGAUGCAGAGAAUCUGACUUGCAGAGCUUGCAAGGCAAAGGCAGUUUCUAUGUUGUUGAUGCCUUGUAGGCACCUGUGCUUGUGUAAGGAUUGUGAUGGAUUUAUCAAUGUUUGUCCCGUUUGCCAAUUGAUAAAAACUGCAAGUGUUGAGGUGUAUCUGUCUUAACUUACAAAGUGUAACUAUUUAAGCAAGAACGGGAUAUAAGUCACUGUUUUCUUUGUGUGAUUUAUCUACCUAAAGUUCUUAAUGUUCAACUCCAAGUAAUUUAUCUCUAUAAUAAAAAUUGACUAUGCCUAA